UUACGUGAAACUAGUUAACAUUGAUAUAAAAUAUUAACUGAAAUACAUUGGAGAUUAAAACGUAACUCUCAAGGUUAAAUUAAGUGAUAUUUAUUCAGAAAACAGAUUUUACCGUCAAAGUGAAAUAUAUCAACAGUCGAUAUAAUGGUGCCUACAUCGACCAUCGGAAUUGUGCUGUAUUUUUGUUGUAUAUGGGUUAUGUUAUUGAAAACACUGGAUGUAAAAGGAAUGGCUGUACACAAGGAUGAGAAUAAUGAUGUUAAAGUAGAACAAGACGAUUCAAAAACGGAUAUUAACUUGGGCAUGUUUUAUCAUGUUAACCCGACCGUUCAUCAUUUUUCUCGUCAUGGUCUCUGUAACCACGUACACGGAAAGAUUAAAUUCUACAGAGCGUUGGAGCAACACUUUGUCAACAUUUCAGACGAUAUGAAAAUCCAGUUUAUCUUAGACAUAUGUGAGAGACGAGAUCAUAUGCUCGACAAGUGGGUCAAAGAAAUAUUCGACAUAAAUAAUGACGGCUACAUUUCCCACUUUGAAAAGCAACGAAUUGAAUAUCGAUAAAGAUUGACAUUCUGUCUGACCGAAAACAGGACUACUGAAUAUUAUUGGACAUCGCAUAUGUUUAUAUUGUUAACCAGUUAUUAGGGUACUAUGCUGGCUGACGUUUACUAAAUAAUGCCAGUGAAAUAACUUUGUGAGAAUGAUUGUUGGAUUUUGAGAUUAUACUAGACACUUAUGUUGGUGUUUAUUGAAUUAUUUAGUGCUGUGAACAUUCGGAUUCGUCUCAAGUUCGGGUGCUUACUGUAUUUUUUUAUUGUACAUACAUUAAUUUAUUAAUUGUGUUGAUUAUAUAUGUUGACUUGCCUGUGAUAUUACAUCAUAUAUAUUUUAUACGUCUGCCAAAAAUUGUGUAUAAACUGCAGUCUGUGAUAUAACAAUGGAUAAGUGUUACAUAGUUGUGUGUGUAUAACAUUCCUCGAAAUGGCCUCUCAUCAGCAUUCAUACCGUUCGGUAAUUGAUUUAUUUAUGAUAAUAAUUUUUAUGUGCUUUUCUCUGUGAAUUGGUUCACACUCCCUAUUAAAUAUUGAGUUGUUGCAUUUUUCUAAUGGAAAAACUGUAUUUGUUCAUAGAUAUGUUGUAGUGUAAAUUAUACUUUGAUUUAUUUAUACCAACAAGUGUUCUUGGUUUCAUCCAAUAAUAAAACUGUAAUUAAUUAUGUAAUAUGUUGAAAUUAUUUUUA